UCGAUUUGAUUGUGUGAGGAGUCAAACGGAGGCCGGCGGGCGCAGUUUCGGGGUGUGAAACGGUCUGAGGUGAGCUGGUUUCGGGGCUCCUGCAGGAUGCUGCCUGGGCGCAUGCUGAGGUGCGCUGUGGCGCGUCAGGUCACCCCGCGUCUGACCUACAGCACCGCAGCACAACCGCAGGUGAAGCAAAAAAAGACGAAGUUUGGCCCUCUGAGAGAUGAAGACCGAAUAUUUACCAACUUAUAUGGCCGCCAUGACUGGAGACUCAAGGGAUCCCUCAAGCGAGGAGACUGGUACAAGACCAAGGACAUCAUGCUGAAGGGAUCAGACUGGAUCCUCAAUGAGGUGAAAAUCUCAGGGCUUCGGGGCAGAGGAGGAGCAGGCUUCCCCACCGGCAUGAAGUGGAGCUUCAUGAACAAACCCAGCGACGGCAGGCCCAAGUACUUGGUGGUGAAUGCAGACGAGGGCGAGCCGGGGACGUGUAAAGACCGUGAGAUAAUGCGUCAUGACCCUCAUAAGCUAAUAGAAGGCUGCCUGGUCGCUGGGAGAGCCAUGGGCGCUCGUGCUGCGUACAUCUACAUCAGGGGAGAGUUUUACAAUGAGUCGUCAAAUCUGCAGGUGGCCAUUAAUGAGGCGUACAAAGCAGGACUGAUAGGGAAGAACGCGUGCGGCUCGGGGUAUGACUUUGAUGUGUUUGUGAUGCGGGGAGCUGGAGCCUACAUCUGCGGGGAGGAGACGGCCCUCAUCGAGUCUCUAGAGGGCAAGCAAGGGAAACCCCGGCUCAAGCCGCCGUUCCCUGCAGACAUAGGGGUGUUUGGAUGCCCAACCACGGUUUCCAACGUGGAGACGGUUGCUGUGGCGCCUGCGAUCUGUCGUCGAGGCGGAGCUUGGUUCGCCAGCUUUGGGAGGGAGAGGAACUCUGGGACGAAGCUGUUCAACAUCUCCGGUCAUGUGAACACACCGUGCACGGUGGAGGAGGAGAUGUCUAUUCCUCUGAGGGAGCUAAUAGAGAGACACGCAGGGGGAGUGAGGGGCGGCUGGGACAAUCUAUUAGGAGUGAUCCCAGGGGGGUCCUCCACUCCCAUCAUCCCUCGCCACGUGUGCGAUGAUGUUUUGAUGGAUUUUGAUGACCUGGUCCGCGCAGAGACUGCAUUGGGAACUGCCGCCAUCAUAGUUUUGGAUAAAUCGACCGAUGUGAUCCGAGCCAUCGCACGUUUGGUUGAGUUCUACAAACAUGAGAGCUGUGGCCAGUGCACCCCCUGCAGAGAAGGAGUUGACUGGAUGGAUAAAAUGAUGUGGCGGUUUGUUCGAGGAGAAGCAGCAGUUUCAGAGAUCGACAUGAUCUGGGAGCUAAGCAAGCAGAUAGAGGGACACACCAUCUGCGCCCUGGGGGACGGAGCUGCCUGGCCUGUGCAGGGACUGAUCCGCCACUUCCGGCCAAUCAUGGAGAGCCGCAUCGCUCAGUAUAACAAGAAAAACCCUCCAAGAGAGCCGGAGAUUGAGAUGAUCUGACACUGUGCAGAUGCCCAUUUCAGCAUUCAGUCAGUAUUAAUAGGUCAUUAUGCUAUACUGCUUUACGUACAUCACUUUUAACAUAGUUUUUAAAUUUGUUUUUUAUUAGUAUUAACAAGGUUGCUGUUCUGCUUUCAAAUGUUUUCCAAGUUUAAAGUUAUCUUCACUGCAACUCUGUAUUUUUUAAGGGUUUUCACAUGGUGAGUGGUCUAUUUAUAUAUUAUCAAUUCUGCAGCAAGUCACUUUAAUCCACUAUGUACUCUGGCAGGCAGGACUGUUGACAGCUAAUUGGCAGAUGUUGCCAACUUGGUUUGUCAUGAUCUCUUUGCCAAGUGUGGCAGACCGGACUUUAAUAGGGGAAAAUACAAGUAACAAGGAUUCACAAGCUCAAACACCGCAAUAAAUUAAGUUUAUUUAUUUCAUAAAAGCAUGAAAUAAAUUCAAUAGUUUUACUACAUGUUAGUCCAACAUGAUCUUUACAAAAAGACCAGAAUAGAAAAGGAUGGUGUCACUGACUUGAACAGGGAAAAAGGAAAGGGGGUGACAGAGUAGGAAAAGCUGUAUUAGGGAUAAAAUGAAAAGUAGUCAGUGAUGUACAACAUGACUGCCUUGUAAUAUUGUUUGUACAAAGACACUAUAUUCAAACACUUGGCCUUGCAUGUGUUUUUAUCCCAUUCCAAAUAAAACUGGAGGCAGAAUAUCGCUCAUCUGACCAUCUAUACACCCACAAAAUAGUUUGGAAUAUCAGUCCUGCAAAUGUUCAUCUUCAAACUAUAAUGUGUGACACCCCCCCCAGUCUUCCAAAAUAUUAGUAUGUCCAUUUGGACCCAAGUACUAAAAUAAUGCUGCAACCAACGUGUAGCUGUUAAGAGUCAUCCAUGUGAUGAACGGGUGAUGAGUGAUGAAAAAAAAAACAGGCUCAGUUUGGGUGAACAUCCUGUAAGACUCGGCACAAAGCACUGAGGGAGUUUAGAUUUUUCCUGUUUCAGGGUGCCAUCCAGAAAGGCAUAGACUGCGACUGUGCUUUAGCACGAGGGGGUGGUGGAGGAGGGCAGCGAUAGCCCUGUGUCCAGCCUGAGGAGGUGGAGGUAGGGGGAACUGCCCCAGGGUUACCUGGCCCUGAGGCUUUGGAGGUUGAGUGGUCUUCCUCUUCAUCAGAGGAGUCUCCGGUGUACGCCACCAAACCAGUUUUCAAUCUCUUUGC